AUGGUGGCGUUUUCAUCACGUGAGAGAUAUCGGAAAAAGACUGGUGCCGGUAUCCGACCUCAUCUCAUCACUCGGAAGUCGGCCCGGCCCGUCCUCUUGGCUCCAACAACGGGCAAAAAUUUGGAGAGGUCUGGAACCAACAUGUUGGACUCAUCGCUCAUUAAAAGUCAAUCUGCGGAAUGUGUUAGCCUCAGCGCAUCGCUGCGAUAUUCUCCCAUUCGCUCACAUCAAAUUUACGAGGGCCUUCUCAACUCAAAAGCGUUUGCCUGCGAACACGCACCAUUUUCCUUCAGGAUCUCUGCUUUGCCCCACGAUCUCCUCUGGGUUGAGGGUUAUAGGGAAUUCGUCAAGGGUGUGGGACAGGGGCUUCCACUUUGGAAGCUACCUAAUGGCUCAAGCUCCGUAACACCUCGGAGUAUCGAUAGGUCGGCUGCGCCAUCCUCCGUCCAAAGCUUCGUAGAAGUCCUCGGUGUUUCUCUGGCAGCAGUUUCUCUUUCCUCGCAACUUUCAGGCAACCAGAUAAUGCAAUACAAACUCUAUCGCAAUAAAUGUCAGUAUUCAGGUUUUCUGCCAAACUUUGGAGCGCGCUUCGUAAUAUCGAAUAGGAAACGAGAGUAUUGGCAUUACCACCCUGGCAUCACCAUGGAGUUCAACAUGAACGUGUCAUGGACCGACAAGGGCCGGCAGGUUCAAGCUCAUCAGCCCCGAUUGCCGCCUAUAGCUCCAGCCGCCGUCGUUAUCCAAUUCCACCAACCGACCGCACUUCCGUCCCCGAGACCCGGAAGACGGUGGGCGGAGAGGUCGGUGAUCCCGGGCUGCCAUGGCUUCGAUAGUGCUGCUUGGGAGUUUCUUAUAUCACCUUGA